AUGCGAAUCAUUAACCUUGCCGCAAAGGGGUUGUGUAGUCGUAUCGGCUACAAACAUCAAAGUAGUGCACCUUGCUUUUUAUCACAAAUUGUGACUUUUUUCACAAUUCGUGUCGCGCCGCAACUUGGUUUUUUUGACUACAAGGCAGCCUCUCAAGGUAACAACAGUCACGACGAUUCCACCAGCCCCGGUUUCGGCCCAGCGUCGCAACCUCAGCCACCUAUCAGCCUUGCAUCGCAACAAGACGCACGUCACCGGCGGAGCAGAGGAGGGCAAGACAAUUUGAAAUACGAACCAUCCACUGGUCGACUGCCUGACGGUUCACACAACCACCGCGACCACGCAGACGACUACGAACUCCAGGAGCUUCCCUCGCGCGGUCAGACACCAGCGACUGCUUCACUGGAAUCCGCAACCGAUACCAGCAACGAAAAGCUUGAUAGCCGGGCCGCCAAGCGUCGGUGGCUCGAGGAGCAGGACGAGAUGAAGUUCUCACACAGCAUUCAGUUCAAUGCUGUUCCGGACUGGAGCAGUCACUACAUAGCAUACAGCAACCUCAAAAAACUUAUUUACCAGCUCGAAAAAUCCAUCAACCAAUCUAUAGGCACAGAUGCGGAAUCGAGGCCUCUUAUCGGGAAUGAUGAGGAUCCGGAGAAGGUCUUUACGCGCGCCCUGGAUGUCGAGCUUGAAAAGAUCUCAUCAUUCUUUGCAGUGAAGGAGCAGGAGCUUUUGGAUGAGGUCAAUUCGCUGCUCAAAGAUAUUGGAGCUUCAGAAGAUGAAGAUGAAGGUAGCCCGAGUCGCCUCGUCACACACGACCCAACACAGUCCGCAUCGGCUUUGGUCGAAACCCGAAGGCACAGUAUGCACAGCCAUCAAUCGACCGAGGACGGCGGGGAGGAUGAUAGCGAUGAUGCCUCUAAUGACGACGAGAACACUCCUGCGCUCGCAAGGAAACGACGCGUGAGCUUCGGCAGGAGGAGGACGAUCGGCGCCACCGGCAAUGGGGCCGUGACGGACAUGACGGCUUCGGCCGAGCUGACGCGGUCUCGCCGACAAAGCACCGUUGCGUUUGACGACUAUGCCGAGCAGGCAGCCCUCUACUCGUCAGACAUUAUGCUAAAGCGCAGGGUGGUGGCCCUGUACGUACAGCUGUGCGAGCUCAAGUCGUAUAUACAGCUCAACAAGACGGGUUUCCGCAAGGUGCUCAAGAAAUUCGACAAAAUUUGCAACAGGUCCCUGCGGCAAAAGUACAUGGAGAAAGUCGUCGAGUCGGCCCCUCCAUUCGUCCCCGAGGCGACCAAGGCGGUUGAGGAUAACGUGUCCAAGAUGGAGCAUGCAUACGCCAACCUCGUCACGAAGGGCGACAUUGAUAUCGCGAGGAGGGAUUUGCGGUCGCACCUUCGCGAGCACGUCGUCUGGGAGAGGAACACAGUCUGGCGUGACAUGAUUGGUAUGGAGCGGCGAGCUGAGGCUGCAAGCUUGGGCAGGGCCCUGCUUGGCGGAGAUAUCGCCACGGGAGCAGCCAGGCUACAGGGCGAUGAGGAGAACGCCAUACCUACCAAGGAGAUUGCGACGCCUAUCGGUAGAUUCAAGCUUCCGACAUGGCUGGUCAGCACGUCCUUGCUGAACUUGGUGAUUAUUUUGGCAGUUUUUACGGCACUGCUGGUCCUUCCCAUUAUGGAGAGCCCCGAGCAACAAAACUGCUUGGCAAUCUUGGUGUUUGCCAGUAUGAUGUGGGCGACUGAGGCCAUCCCGCUCUUUGUAACAUCACUCACCAUCCCUUUCCUCUGCAUCGUCCUCCGUGUUGUACGGUCUGAUGACGGCACCAAGCGCCUUUCCUCCAAGGAUGCCACGACUAUGGUGUUUUCGUCCAUGUGGACGCCCGUAAUCAUGUUGUUGCUUGGAGGCUUUACGCUGGCAGCUGCUCUAUCAAAGUGCAGGAUCGACAAGCGCAUCGCGACGUUUGUGCUUAGCAAGGCCGGAACCCAGCCGCGCACCGUGCUCAUUGCCAACAUGCUCGUGUCGGCGUUUGCCAGUAUGCUCAUUAGUAAUGUUGCUGCACCAGUGUUGUGCUAUGGUAUUAUCGAGCCAAUGCUCCGCAAUCUACCUACUGGCUCGCCCAUGUCCAAAGCACUCAUUAUGGGCAUUGCCCUAUCGGCAAACAUUGGCGGAAUGCUUUCGCCCAUCGCAUCGCCCCAGAACGUAGUAGCAAUCGGCAUUAUGACUCCAGAGCCAACAUGGGGAGACUGGUUCUUUAUCGUGAUCCCCGUCGGCCUGGUGUCGCUCGCCCUGAUCUGGGUCUUGCUCAUGGUCACGUUCCAGCCCGGCAAGGGCACCAAGAUUGUGCCCAUCAGGCCUGUUAGAGAGCCCUUUAGCAGUGUGCAGUGGUUCGUCUCGAUUGUCACCAUUAGCACCAUUGCGCUGUGGUGCGCCAGCCACCAGCUCGAGGGCGUCUUUGGUGACAUGGGCGUCAUCGCAAUCAUACCGUUGAUUCUUUUCUUUGGCAUUGGGCUCCUGACCAAGGAGGACUUCAACAACUUUCCCUGGACUAUUAUUAUCCUGGCGGCUGGUGGUCUGGCGCUCGGCAAGUCUGUCCGCAGCUCAGGUCUUCUGCACACACUCGCCAACGACAUUACCGGUCGGGUUGAGGGCAUGAGCCUGUACGGGGUAUUGGUUGUGUUUUCGGCGCUCAUCUUGGUGAUUGCGACUUUUAUCAGUCACACGGUUGCGGCAUUGAUCUUUCUGCCGCUUGUGUACGACGUCGGUGCGGCGAUGGAGGAGCCCCACCCGAACCUCCUCGUCAUGGCUGGUGUAUUGAUGUGCAGCGCCGCGAUGGGAUUGCCUACCAGUGGAUUCCCCAACAUGACUGCCAUCAUGAAGGAGGAUGCCACAGGCCAAAGGUACCUCCAGGUCAAGCACUUUAUCAGCAGGGGUGUGCCGAGCAGCAUACUGACACUGAUUGUAUCGGUGACUCUGGGUUAUGGUGCGAUGAGGAUCAUUGGCAUGUAA